AUGUCUCAAGGACUUGGAUGGCCCAGGGAUGACGGGGACCUCUCGAUGCUCAUCGACACUGAUAUCAACCGGUCCAUAGACUCUGGAUUCGUCGACCUCACUGCGGAAGCUCCUGCAGAAACCUCCCGUUCGAGUACCAGAGGCAGCCGAAUGUCUACACACGAAUGCAUCAGCAGUGCCCUGAAAAUACUGCGGGAUGGUCGGAUAUCUAUUCUGGACUUACUUGUGAAGAUAAUGGACCCAUCUCAGAUGUUGUACUCAACUUACCGCAACCGCAUGUACGUGCCUUCAGCAACUGAGAAGCAAUUGGGAAACGGGAGGUUGGAGAAGGUGCUGGAUUUUUUAUGGGAGGAUCCCCGAAGUCAUGCUCGCGUUCUCGAGUGGAUGCAUCCGCAUGCCCUCUCAUAUGUCUGUGAUGCUGUGUACGGUGAAAUGGACCAGGUCAAACAGUGCCUCCAUGUCACGCUCAAUACUAUCACUCCUGAACUCCUCCAUGAGUUCAAAUGUCCCCCAUACAUAGAAACUAGUAACAGUAUGUGAGUCAACUUCACCUGCCAAAGUGAUGUGUCG